GCGCCGGGUGGGAGAGGGAGGGGCUCCCGGGCUUCUCCCCCGGGAGCCUGCCGCCGUACCCGGCUGGCCUGCUGGGGCGGAGGGGGCGUUGGGGCGAAGCGCAGCCUGGACCUUCCGCGAAGGCCGAGGGUGUCCAGCCUGGAGCACACCCGUCGUGCCGGGGGCGCUGGUCCUCAAUGGGGGGGAGGGCUCGGCCUGCGUAGGCCCCUCCCGCGAGCCGGCUGCACCCCUGCGGGUCCCAGAGUCGCUGGAGCUGGACAUGCCCAAGAGGGGUGCCAGUUCCAGGCUGUGCGUGCCGUUGGGGACAAGGGAGAGAAGCGGGGCGGCCCACGUGGGGCCGGUGGCCAGGAGACGGGAAGGGGCCUUUCUCCCAACCGCCUGCUGCGGUCGGUCGCAGGCGGCCCGCGGCCCCUCCCCGUUGCCGGGGCCUCUCAGCCUGGGCCGCCCCCAGCCCCACCUGCCCAGGAACCCGAGCCAGAGCGCGGUGCCCGCGCGGGGAGGGGGGCGGGCCGCUCCCGGGGCCCAGCCGAGCCACGUCCGCCCCUCCCCGCGUGGCGCAGCUGGGGGGGCUGGGGCGGGACCUGCGCCUAUCCCCGGGGUUCUCCUUGCGCGCCCCCCAACUCCCCGCCCAGCUGCACAGGCCGGUGGCAGGGACCUGUGCCCACUCCCCAAACCUGCACGAAGAGGGAGCCACCCUGCGCGCGGCCACCGCGGAGCCGGUGACCUCGGGGGGAGAGGGGGCGGGGGCACGACGCCCCGACCCCAGGGCAGGCCGACCCGUGGCACCAGGACUCACACAGAAGCAGGAAUGGCGCAGGAGCACGGUCCCCCACCCGCGCCCCCACCCGCGCCCCCUCGCGGGAGCCAGAGGCCCGGCCGCUGGGGCCCAGCCGCCUCUCGGCCUCCGCUGCCCCAGCAGAUGGGUCCACGCGGCGGGUGGCCUGCAGGGAGCCCGGAGCCAGGGGUUCCUGGAGGAAUGUGGUCUGCGCCCCGGGGCCAGGGAGUGCCCAUCUGCCCUGUCGCCUUGGGGGUGACCCCUGCUGCUACUAGUGCAGAGGGGCCCAGAAGCCCCCACCCCGGGAAGACUGGGGGUCGGGGAGGGGAGCUCCGCAAGGCGCACGUACCCCAAGGGAAGUGCCGCCGGUGCGCCCCACGCCGGGUGCGACCUGGCCCCCAGAGCUCUGCCCACCCUGCCUGGGGGCGCCGCCGGGCGGGCCGGGACCGGAGAGGACGGGGACACAGUGGCCACCAGCGCUGAGUGGGCGGCUCGCGGAGGCCUGGGGGGCGGCGGGCAGGGUGUGGCCUGGCAGGGCCCUGCACACUGGACAGGCCCCGCUCGGGGUGGGCAUCUGGGGUGCUGGGGCCGGGCCCCCACCCUUCCCAGCUGGCUAUGGGGGUCCAGCCCCUGCGGGGUUCGGCGGCCCACCCCAGCAGCCUCCGGCCAGCGAUGCCCUUUAGUGUUGGCCCUGAACGCGCCUCGCGGCCUCAGCGGCAGGGGUAGCAGGCCCUGGGCGGUGCCCCCAGACACCAGAGUCUGCACCCCUGAGCAGAAGCUGUGGCCAUGGGGGACCGGCCGGCAGAGGACAGGACAGGGCCUGUCGCCAUGGUGAAGCUGGGCUGCGGCUUCUCGGGGAAACCAGGCAAAGGCGCCGGAGGCCAGGAUGGAGUGGCCACAGACAGUGUCCCUCUGAUCAGCCCCCUGGACGUCAGCCAGCUGCAGCCGCCCUUUGCUGACCAGGUGAGGGACCUUCUCAGUCUCCCCGGAGAACAGACAGGGCCGAGGGUCACCCAGUGUGGCUGCAUCCGGGGCUGGGCCUCAGCUCCCUGCCGGCGGCCGGCGGUCAGCGCCCGAGCCCCAGGGCCCCCCCAGCUGUGCUGUGGCCCAGGGGGCGCCGGGGCGGACAGACACCCCCUUCCGUCGGGGCGGACUCAGGCGGGGCUGGGCACACGUGUGCCGGAAGCGCGCACCAAGGGCAGCGAGACGCCCCCAGGUGGCCAUGGGCCAGGCGUGACCGGGUGGGCCACUCGCCAGCCGAGGGCAGCUCUCCGGACACCUGCUGCCACUCUGGGCCGGGCCCCCGUGGACGCCCGGGCAGAGCCGUGGGCACUGGCCGAGGGCCGCACAGGCGGGCGCCCAGUGUGCCGCCUCGGCUGCUGA